CUUUUUGAUGUGAUUAGCAUAUCCACGUUUCACCAUAUAUGCCUAAAGUAUACGUACUAUUUGUCAUUGAGUUUAUAACGUUUGUAGUGUGCUGACAUAGUCAUGAGUAUUCGAACCAAUUCUGCAGCGGCUUUAUCUGCAAUACUACUUGCAGGUGUUUGUCUACUACUUAUAACUGAUCUCAGAAGUAGAAACGUGACGUGCCAUUGUGAAGCCACUCAGCCGGAGAAAAAAUCUAUACCAACAAAUGGUGCCUCGACCAUGGAGAGACAUGUAUUUGAAACAAACGUCUUGAAGAAACAAAGUAACGUAUCGGAGGAAAAACCAUCAGCUACGCUGCAUGUACACAACUCGGCACCAGAUGCAGGAAAAGAAUUUCUACGUUUCAUAUAUAAUUUGAAUGUUUUCCAAAAGCCACGUUUUUACUGCAACAAUUUUCGGCGAGUUGGAACUCAACUACCUGAAGAUGGCGGGUGGUUUGUGUGUUUUGAUGAUAAGAUUAAGCCAAAUUUCGACGACUGUGUUGUGUAUUCUUUUGGAAUCAGAACAGACUGGACCUUCGACGAGGAGAUGUCAAAGUCUGGAUGUAACGUGUAUUCACAUGACCCAUCGAUAGGUUUACCUGACCAUAAACAUUCUGAAAGAGUAUGGUUCUUCAAUACUGGCCUCGACGCAUAUAACUCAGAUGAUGUUGUCAGAACUGUGAAAGGUCAGAAACAACAUUGGAAAAUGCGUUCGCUUGAUAAAAUAUUUGAGGAGAAUGGUCACACUGAUAGAAUCAUUGAGUACUUGAAGUUUGACAUCGAGAAAUCGGAGUACGCCGCAAUCCCACAGAUGUUGCAAACUGGAACACUUAAUAAUGUGAAACAACUAGCAUUCGAGUUUCACAUAUUUGGAAUUGCACCAGAGGACCAAGAACACAAAUUUCAAGACAUAAAUAAAAACAUUUUAAUGGCUUUCAAUGAUCAUGGUUUUUACCUAUGGAAUGUUCACGAAGUUCCCUAUUCGUGUGGUCAGUUCGAUUUCGAUGACCUGGGCAGACACUCAGGCUGCAUUGAAGUGUUUUUUGUGAAUUCGAAGUUCAUGAAAUAGUGUAUUGCAUGUAUUAUCGACAAAUACGAUUAAUUGUAAGCCAAUAAAAAGAUGAUCAUCUGGUCAAAGUGCUCAUUAUGAAAUAAAAAUACCAAUGUGUGACAUU